AUGGCGCCGGCGGGGCGGCUGGUUCUGUGUGAAGAGAAGAUCAGGGGGAAGACCGGGCUGGCGCCUCACCGCGGCCUGGCUGAACUUCGGUCAUUAUCUAUUCCUGGAACUUACCAAGAAAAGAUUACUCACCUAGGAAAUUCUUUGAUGAAUUUAACAGGUCUAAAAUCUCUAGAUCUCUCACGAAACUCCUUGGUUAGUCUAGAGGGCAUCGAGUACCUGGCAGCGCUGGAGCGCCUCAACGUCUACCGCAACCGCAUCUCCUCGCUGGCGGAAGUCUUCCGGCUCCACUCCUUAACGGAGCUCGCGGAGGUGGACUUCCGGCUGAACCCUGUGGUGGAGAGCACGCCUGACUACCGCCUCUCCGUGGUGCACGUGCUCCCGCGCCUCCGGCAGCUGGAUGACCGCCCUGUGAGGGAGAGUGAGCGGAAAGCAUCCCGGCUGCAUUUUGCUUCGGAGGAAUCGCUGGACUCAACGCAGAGCUUCCCAGCUGUUUUCAGAGUCGAAAGACCGCAUCACUCCAGAGCCAAGUGCACUGACCCCUCGGCCAAGAAGGGCUUGGUCAUGGACGCGGAUGAUGAGGCGGUCCUGAACCUCAUUGCCGAGUGUGAGUGGGACUUGAGCAACCCUCCUGGGAGCAUGAGUUCCAGCCAGCAGGAGCAAGAGGCCAGCUUCCAGAGCUCCCAAGAGUCGCGGCCCCUAUCGAGUCCUGAGUCAGCACAGCACCAGUGCGGGGACGCCCUGAGGAAGGGCCCCGAGACGCGGAGGAGCGGCUCCAGCGGGGGCCGUGCAGGGCCGAGGGUGCAGGACCAGCGCUGCGGCGAGCUCCCCCCGCGGCACUUGGCCCCGCGUGCCUGCAGAGUCCACGUGCAGGAGGGGCUCUGCCCCUUCUCUGUUGCAGACUCCACGGACACUGAGGACUCAGCCCCCUCUUCUCAGAAGUCAAGUUUAUUGACGCAAAAGGGGUUAAAUCCCUUGCCUGCUCCGGAAAAGUACAGGAAGCGAAGGGUGCCUGGCGGGAGGUUCCAGGCACCUGCGGACCAGGAGCGUCUGCGCUGCCUGGAGGAGAGUCUGAGCAGGCAGAGCGGUCCGGAGGGCUGGAGCGCGGGGCCCUGUUCCCACUCGGCGGCCCUGGGGCCCGAGCAGCGGAGGCCGCCCAGCGUGAGUGAGCGUUGUCACCGCUCCGUUUUGUUAGAAGCGCACUUCCGGGCUCCGCGCCUCUCCCCGCGGUGCGAAGGGCCAUCCCAGGGGGGCUGCCGGCCUACGCAGCCUCCUCGCCCCGCCGGCUGGAGCCAUCCACGGCGCUCUCGGGAGCGGGAGUCCUGGGCGUGCAUCCUUUGGUUCUCGAAGGACACGUCCUCGUUCGGGAGUGGCAGUUCUCCCCCAGAGUCACCCAGAGCGGUUGUGGACGGUGCUUCGUCGCCCUUGUCACUGGCCCAGGUGGAGAUUGAGACAUUCUCAAAGCGGGCGGUAGGGGAGAGCGUCCCAGCAGAGAGGGGCGCAGGUGCCCUGACGGGGGCUGCGGCCCGGGGAGGCCGGGGGCUGGGGCUGGAAGGGGGCGUCCCACGAGGUUGGAGGGGCGCUGCCUGCGGUGCCCCCUCCUCUGAGUACUGUGACCCUGUGGUGGUCGUCCUCUUGGAGAGGGCACGACCCUUCUGCCGGGUGGAAGGCAGAAGCCUGACCACCCUGGGGACCUCGGCUCUGUCCCCCGCGCCUGAGGCUGAGCGUCCAGGUGCAGCUUCUGACGGAGGUGUUUGUGCUGAUGGCGGCUCUCAGCCUCGGCUCUUGGGGGCCAGCGGCCGGCCUCAGGGUUCCCACGCUGACCGCUCCCAGGAGACGGCUGCCCCGCCCUUGGGUGACAGUUUCGCCGCUCCUCCCGGUGUGAGAUGUUGUCCCCGCCCCACGGAUGUGGACACACGUGCGGGGGGCGGGGAGGCGCGGAAAAAGCCAAGGUCGUGGUUUGUUUCCGUGCAGGUGUGUCCCAAAUUGCACUUGGCCGUGCCGCCCGGGAAGAAGGCCACCCUGGAGGUGGCGCUCCUCGGCCUGGUGGAGGACAGGCGCUGGGGUGGCUGCAGGCCCCGGCGCAGCAGUGACGCGUUCCUCGUGAGCUGGCCCAGGGCUCUGCGGGCAGGUGCUCGCGCCCCGCUGCUGGGCGCUGGUCCCCGCGUCUCGCUGGACCGCCUCACCGGCCUCACUGCCGCGCUGCGCUGCGGGAACCGUCCUGAUGGUCCUAUCCACAGCGUCUGGGCUCUCGGGAGGUGGCAGACACGGAGGACUCCACGCGGCCUGUGGCUGUCGUUUCCCACCUGCUGGCGCUCCGGGCUUCCUGGAGCUCGGGCAAGACACAUUUUGUCAUCUGUCCGAGAGCUUACAGCCACUCAGGACCGUUCAACAACGGUGAAUGAAGAAAUUAGCUCCCUGACUGUGGAAAAUAAGUCUUUGCAGAGUCGCCUUGCUGAGCUACAGCAGCCGCGUAGCGUGACGAUGAGCGACGUGGUGUCGGAACUCAGCGACACUCGGAAGGAGAUGGAUCACCUGAGGCAGCAUCUGGACAGAACUCUGGAGGAAAGCAGUAGCUUGAAGUCUCUUCUGUUCAGCGUGAUAAAAGAAGUGAGAAACGCCGACGCUCCAUCCACACUGAACUUGCAGAUCGCUGGACUUCAGACAAGUGUGAAGCGGCUCUCCGGUGAGAUUGUGGAACUAAAGCAGCAUCUGGAGCACUACGACAGGAUCCACGAGCUCACCCAGAUGCUGCAGGAGAGCCACAGGUCCCUGGUCAGCACCAACGAGCACCUGCUUCGGGAGCUGGGCCGGGCGCGGGCGCAGCACCAGGCCGAGGCGGAGCAGCUGCGCUGGAGCUACAGGCAGCUCAAGAAGACCACGGCCCCAUUGCCCAGCCGCCCGCCCGCGCCCGCGCCCGCGCCCGCGCCCUGA